CGCGCGGGCAGCAGCGUAUGUUACGCGUCACGUGUCGAGUAUUAAGCAAGCCGUAAAGCGUGAGAGAAUCGUGCGUUACGUUAAUAUGGGCCGCAAGAUACCGGCGAAGAAGCACCGGGGUGUCAAGGACCCCGAGAAGCAGCGUGCCAAACGCUUGGCCGGGUUAGAGUCGCGCACGAAUGAACCGCCGAGGAACGUGGACGAGCAGGCGAUUCCCAAGAGUCUGGAACACGUGAUCAAGCUGAAGCAAGUUGCCAAGAACAGCGACGGCCUCAAGAAGAAGAAACGGAAGAGGCAGAAGAGCUCGCUGAUCCGCGUGGGUCCGCAGCACGACGCGGCGUUACCUCACUCAAAAGCUCGUCCGGAGAAAGUCGUGCCGCUGUUCCAGCAGAGACCGGGAGAAUCCGGGCAACACUUCUGGCACCGGGUGACCAAGGAUACGCACGCGUUUCUCAAGGAGACGGCGUUCGAGCAAAAGUACGGGGUGCAAGUGGAACGUAAUCCAGGAACUGGCCUGAUUCAAGGCCUGACGAAACGCAAGGUCGACAAAGACGACGUUGAAGGACUGCGCGCCAAGCACAAGAACACCGGCAAGAAGAAGGUAACGACGGGAGACGCGAAGGCUCUGACAAAGAGAGAAAAGCGUAAGCUACAGCUGCGUCUGAAGAGAGAGAAGAGGCGAGGGGAAAAGAAUGAUGACGACGAAUUCAGAAGAUUGCAGGACAAAGUGGCUUUCGGGGAAGUGGCCCAUGAGCCUCCCAAGCUGAAGUUCAAGACAAGGGAGGUCACAGGCGAGGAGAGGAAGCCGAGGAACUUGUUGCUGAGUUCACUACUGGAAGCACCCAGGAAGGUUGCUGCUGCCUCUAAGGCGAUUGAUCGCAGUGGAAAGAGGAAGAAGUUGCCCGCAGCGGAAAGGAGGAAAUUGGAGAGACAGCAGAACGAAGUUAUCGCCGCGUACAAGCGGCUGAAGGCUCAACGGUCGGCCAGCAAAACCGACUAGGGUACGUUGAGGAGGAUGUUGCUCGAUUGUGCUCUUGUACGCUUCGAAUUUUCGUUUUGUUUUUUACUUGUCGCUCGUGUGUAGUUGUCAGACACGUGCAUCUCUCAUGUUAGAACUUUUGUAAUAAACCUCGUCUUUAUUACGCUGGCUAACGCAAAAAUAGAUAUAAUAUAAUACAUGUUCUCGGGUUGUAA